AUGAAAAAGAAAAGCAAAGGAACAAAAGUUCAAGGAAAGGUAAGACAGAUCAAGAAAACAGAUACCGACCAGGAGGCUGAAUCAUUCGCAGCUGUUGAUGAAAACUCGGAAGAAGUUCAAACGAGGAAGGAAAGCACUCAGAUAAUUGGAGAAAAUGCCACCGAAACCGAGUUUAAGGACGAUGACGAUCGUCUUAUUGCUGUAAUAGACAAGAACCCAGUGAAACCUUCAAGCUGCGUGAAUGAUGAUCAAGAUGAUGAUGAAGAUGCCCCCGUGGAUGUAUCUUGGAAAGCUGCCAAGGAGAGUGCGCUUCGCGAACGAACAUUGGAGAGAGAGAUCGUUCUCGAUACUAAGCGAAAAGAAAAACAGAUGAGAAUUGAGAGAGAUGAAAAGCUACGCGAACAAAAGGAAAGGAAGCGAGCAAGAGAAUAUUCAAGAUUACCAAUGGAAAUUCUGCAGAAGGUUGCCCGGCAACAAGAGUCAGAGGAAACCCUUAAAUCACAAACAAUUGAGAGUAGAAGUCAUGUGACCUUUGACAAUUCAAGUGAAGAUGAGCAGGAUGAGAGAGAAGAACAAAAAGAGGAACAAGGAGUAGUACAGGAAGAAACACCUGGAAUCAAAGUACUUGUCUUGCCAAGGGAGACAAAGAAACCAAAAAAAAUCCAGCAAUCUGCUAAUUUAUUUUUACAGGAACGUCUGUACGGUGACAGAGUUCAGCGCAUUUCAGCUUCCAGAAGCUCAGAUCUGAUGAAAAAAUCUCGCAACACCUUAGUUCCAGCACGGAAUUUUUCAAAGAAAUCUUGGUAGCACAGUAAAUACAUCACCAUGUAUGUUAUCGUGAAAAAUAUAUAUGUGAAAAAUCUGAGCAUUUUCAUUUUCCUUCACCAGGGCUCCUUAUCCUCAUAAUAAAAUUUUUUGUGGGUGUCUGAGUCAUAUGAACCAUUCAGAUUGGCUGAAAAAAAUAGUUUGUUAUAAACUGCAAGGUGGUUAAGGUAGGAAACUUGCUGUGGUGAAUUCAGAGAUGCUUCUGUUUUAAGCGUUAGCACCCCUGGUACAUCUUAGUAUUUUUUUUGCUGAUGAAGCCCAAAAGUUUCUUCAUAGUCCAAUUUUGCUAAGUAUUUUGUAUUUGGUGAAAAUAGGGGAAAUUGAGAGAAGUUGUUAGGUACAUUAAACCUCACCCCCGCUUAGUAUAUAGAAGCCAUUAUUGAAUGUUUUCUCUGCCACUGUAUUUCUAUAAAGGAAUAUUUUUGGAGAAUCUAGCUCUAAGGGAAACGUACAAAGAUUAUUGUUUGAAAUACACAAGUACAUGAAUAUAAUGUGCCAAUUUUUAUUUGUGUAAUUACUGCUAUAAAAAUUUUAUCCCUUAAAUUCAAGUUUCAUAGUAUGCACUGAAGAACUCAUUGCCAUCAGUAAUGUGGAAUAUAUAUUUGUUACAACAUGGCCAUCUCUGAAAUUAUAUAACAAUUUUUCCCAAAAGUGAUAUUGUGCAGUAACAUGCAGUGCAGUUUGGCAUAUGAAGGGUUAAAUAGAUUUUUCAAUGACUGGCUUGCACCGCAACAGAAAUUGAAUGAGGAUGAUGACAAUAACUAUACUUCAGAAGAGGGACAGUUUUUUUUAGGAGCAAGCCAACAUCUUCCAUGUUUAGAGCACAAGCAGUACCUUCCAGUCCCUUCUGAGCAAAAAAAUCAGCAGAAAAAAAAAUAAUGAUUUUUACAUACCAUGUAGAACUCUUGAUGGUUUAAGUCUCAUAAUUUACUUGCGCAAAAUUCUUGGUAGCUGUUAGCUACCAUAUUCUGAUGUUUGCCAACAACCUUGGUUGCAGAUAUCAAUAAUAAUAUUCAUAAUAAUGUUUUUUCUUAUGGUCAAAUAUGCAGCAGUGACAUCAGCUGUGCAAGUUACAAAUACUGCAGAGAGGAGUAGAGUAUCUUGAAGAAACUAGAAAUUAGAUUCUACUUACUAAGACUCCUUGGCUGUAAUCAACAGACUUGAACUGGAAUUUGAACAAUAAAUUUUGCAGAAAUUUAAGUAGUCUAUGUAGGGAUUUUGUGGAAGAAUGGCCAAAAAAAUAUAAAAAGAUCAGAAAGGCGGUCCUAAUUGAUUUAGAGUAUCGUGAAUUUUAACUGAGUUCUUACCAAAGGUCUUGGCGAAGAUCAAACUACUGGGCAGAAUUCCUCUUCAUCGAAAAAAAGAAUGAAGAGGAUCUAACAUCUCGUUAAAAAUCAUGUAAACAGCGAUGAAAACAUUGCGAUCUGAUCCUUAAAAUGAUUUACUUCUUACAUUAUUUCAAUGAGUACCAUGGAACGUUGCAUUAGCCGAGCGUAAAUCUUCGACUUCUCUCACUGAAGAAUUUCCCAUUAUCGUUUACUCGAAGAUAAAUUUACCCGAUCAAGACCACAAUCACGCAUAUGCCAAAUUUAAUUAUUGUUUGUGCCUAAUGCAUGCGAUAUGGAUAAAAACCGUUGUCAAUUGGAUAUCAUAAAUACAGGCGAAAAUUUUGAGGCCGCCAUUAAAGGAAGUGGUUACCUCGGGUAUUUAGGAAAGUAGUUUAACUUUUGCCAGGUGUUAUACCUGACUGAAACGUUUUUACCAAUCAGGUGUUUUCAUUGAGAAUUUAGAUUUCGCUUUUGCGGGAGACUUAAUUGCUAAAUGUAUUUUUUUUUCUUAGAGAAAAAACUUGUGUGUAGUAUCGUGGACGAACUGAGCCAGUUUUAUUUUUGCCACGUAUAACACAUUAUACGUUUUGUGACACAUAUCCUAAGACUCAGAUCUUUUCGCUGAGAAUUUCGAUUUGACAUUCGCGGGAGGUCACGGUAGAUAAUUAUUUUUAAUUUGAGAUGAAACCGAUGGAUGAGCAGAAAACAGUUUCACUCUUUCCCAAUACAACACUUAAUUUAUUGCGUGCCACCUAUCCUAUCAAUCAGGUGUUUUCGUUGAAUCUUUUCAGUUUGGCAUAUGUACGUGAGAAGCGUAAAGAUCAAUAUUUAUUUGAGAGGAAACCUGUGUGUCGUACUGUGAACGCUCUCCACAAAUAAUAGCUUCACGAAAGAACUUCACCUGGGACGAAUGCGGGAAGAGCAGGCAAACAUGUAGACACAAGUGACGGACGUUUCAAAUGUUAGUGAAGUAGAAAUUGAGGCAGAAAUACAAAUGUUGAGCGUUGGAGAACGACGACUUCAUGCAGACUUCAUCAUGAUGAGAAGCAAAGGUAACCUGUUAUAGUCUUUUCACACCCGAGGAUCUGCUUUGUUUCAUUUUUAUUGUCACGACUAAUUCUACACUUUCAUGUCAUGUAACUUGAAGAGUAUAACAUCUCAGUAGCACCAUCCAUAAAAAACUGAGAUUUAACAUUUUGCCAUACCGGGACACUGAGCCACCCAAGAGAAUAUUAGACUGAUCUCAAAUAGUUUUAAAUUGAUAAUACAGGUUACUUUCUUAACCUUCCAUUGCAGAAGUGGCAAUUUCGGAAAACUCAAAUUGAACCACUCCUUUCUUAAUCGAGAUAUCAACUAGAGGAAAUUAAAAAGAAUAUUUCAUGCUGUGCAUUAUGUCAAGGAUUAAAAUUUUCAAAAAUAAUUUCCGAUACUAAAAUCGAGGUAGUUGUUAGUAGUAUCGUUGAUGUAUAUGUCAAACAUUGUCAUUUUAGAGAGAUAAAAACACCACAAUGUAUUUUGCUUUUAAAUGUCGACAUCAAAUUAUAUUUAAAGAGGUCAGUUUCAUUUCCAUGUUUGGCACGAUAAGAGAUUUCGUUGUCACUCGAAAGGAUAAAUGUUUAAACUGAAUGUGCCUCCAGUCUUUUAAGAUAAAUAUCAAAAGGGAAAUACUUCCUUAGAAAAAAAAUACUACCAUGUUGUGCGAGUUGUAGUUAACAUUAAACAUCUAUGUGUUGUAAUUCAAUAUCGUUCUGGGCAAUUUUUUAAAUUCAAAAAUCUUUUAUUGGCGUAAAAAGACUAUCGUGAUCGUAAUAUUCGUUUUAGGCUAUUAUAGGGCACAAGUUCAUGUUGAUAAACAAUACAUUAGAAUCAUCGAAUGGUACAACUUCCUUCAAUAAACAAAUUGAACCUGUUGAUCAAUAAUUAAUGCAAGCUCUUAAACUGUUCUCAAUAAUAACUCAAAGCGAGGAGAAGACAUUAAGGUGUCAGUGUGUUUUGCGGCCUGAAAAAAAUUAAGGAAGUGUAUUUAAAUUAAAAGAAGAAGAUAACUUAACAUUUAUGCGAGAAAGCAGAUCAAAAAACACUAUAAGUCAUGUUUGUUUUGCUCGAUUCUUAUAUGUUUUUUUUUUAUUAAUUAAACCCCACCCCUUAGUAUACAGGGCGACGUUGGUCAGUAUUAGGAAGUUAGGUUAUCAAGAUAUGGGCUACAGACCAGUGCGACAUACAAUUAAUAUUAAUUUAUUCAAAAUUGGUAUUGACCAUGGAAAUAGACUUGUAUUUUGUUUCGGGUCUUUUUUUCAGUUGCAGAUAAUCUUGAAUCACCAUUUAUGUCAAUCCACAAAACUGUCGUCUUUUUGAUUCUGAGUGUGUCUUCAUUGGGAAAGACCGCUGGGCAACUUCCUUGUCGUACGACCAAGUCAGUACCAGACUAUGCCCUAAAAGGUCACGUGAUUUCAUCACCGGAAGGAAAGCGGCUCGAGAGCUGUGUAGCUGUUUGUGACAGCAUUAACAAUUGUUUCAGUAUUAACUAUUACAUCUCAUCGAAGAAAUGUGAGUUGAACAAUAAAACGGCAAAGUGGUACGCCAACGAUCUGAGAGUAACACCUGGAGCAGUCUACCUAGAUAUCUUGUCACGUGACUAUACUCCGUGUGUCGAUCGAAAUCCGCCAUGUUCUGCAGGAAAAUGUGUCCCCAUCCCUGGAUCCUUAGCGACACGGUGUUUAUGUGACGGAAAUGCCGUUGCCUGUCAUAAUCAACGUAAGUCUUAGCCUAAAAUGGAAGAAAAUUGAGACGCAACCUUACAUUAGACCUGAUAUUUAAUGUGGAUGAUGUUGUUUAUGAGUAAAAUCCUAGAAUUAUUUGAAAUUUUUGGUGUAAAAUUUGGUCUUGAAAGAAAGUACUGGAACUCGUUUUAUGUGAUUGACAUAACUUCUCAGAAAUCUUCUCUAGAGAUGGAAAGGAAAUUAUAUCCCCUACUUGCAAUCUCAAUCAUCUUUUUUUAUAAUGUUUUCGAGCAGCCUGUAUUUCCAAGCCAUUAGGAAUGGAAGAUGGUUCAAUAGCGGACAAUCAACUCACAGCAUCAUCAACACACCCCACAGUUCAGCUGGGCUGGGGUCGACUGCACGACACGCGAGGAAGCUGGUCUGCAAACACAGAUUCUGGUACACAGUGGUUCCAAGUGAGCUUUUUACCAAACGUGAAACGCAUAACAGACAUCGCAACUCAAGGAAAUGGAAAGAGCUGGUGGUGGGUUAAAACAUAUUACGUCAUGUACAGGAAGGGGGGAGAGCCCCUUAGAAAUUAUGAGGAAAAUAAUCAACGCGUGGUGAGUAAUGUUUUGAAUUAUUAACAACAAGCUAUAUUCCAGGUCGCCUCGUGUCACCGCAUUACCGAACCCGUUAUUUUCACGCACUUAAUUUCAGGUUUUUCAAGGAAACACUGACAAGGAUAGUGUGGUGAAGAAAAAUAUAAAAAAUCCCUUCGAGGCGGAUUCUGUCCGGCUAACAUCCCUGGGCUAUGUUGGAAAGGUUGCUCUGCGAAUUGAACUGUAUGGUUGUGAUGUAAUUUAG